GCCGGGUCGAGAAGAAGAGUUGCUGUUGUUGAAGCUGAGCUGUGCUCCCUCUCCUCCUCCUCCACCAGGUUCCGGACUUGACCGAGCGAGAGAGUGUCUGUGAGAAACAGAUAGAGAGAGAAAGAGAUAUAGAGACAGAGAGAAUACAGGAAGAGGCAGAAGAGAGCGAGAGAUACACCCACACCCAGGGAAAAUGGCAUCGCAAUCACCACCCGUGGUCGAAAAGGAAAAGGGCGAUAUCGAAAAGUCGACGCAUCGCAGCCCCGACGACAGCAGCGAUGUCGCCGACUCGACCCUCGCCGCCCUCCAGCGCGUCAAGACUGCUGACGAGCACCACCCCAUGCACUGGGGCUCCUUCAAGAAGUGGUUCAUCGUCUUCUGGUACUGCAUGCUGCAGGUCUUUGUGACCCUCACCACCACCACCUACGUCAGCGCCGAGUUCCUCGUCCAGGAUCAAUAUGGCGGCUCUACGCAGAUUGUUGCCCUCGGCCAGUCCAUGUUCAUCAUAGGCACUGCUAUCGGACCAGCCUUCCUUGGACCCCUCUCUGAUAUCGGCGGUCGCAAAUGGGUCUAUGUCGUGGCUAUCUUCAUCUACGCCAUCCUCAACAUUGGCUGCGCAAAGGCCCUUAACCUGCCCAUGCUCAUCAUUUUCCAGUUCCUCUGCGGAACCGCCGGCAGUGUGGCUCUGUGCAAUGUCGCCGGCACCAUCGCUGACCUGUUCGGCGACUCUGACGGCGCAGGUCAGCCCAUGGCCCUCUUCGUUGCCUCUGCCAACACAGGGCCCAGCCUAGGCUCGCCCGUGGGCGAGUGGAUUACUGACAACGUCAACAUGGGCCUGCCCUGGAUCUUCUGGAUCAAUGUUAUCAUUGGUGCCGCCUUUGCUGUGGGCAUGUGCUUCCUCCCGGAGACACUGCCGCGCAUCGUUAUCGCCAAUGCUGUCAAGAAGCACCAGUCCGAGAACCCAGAAGAGAUUGCUAUCGCUGAAGAGCGCAUCGACGUCGCCAAGGAGAUGCGCUUCGUCACCACCAUGGCCCUGCGCAUUAUGGUCACCGAGCCCAUUGUCAUCUUCCUGGGUCUGUAUAACGGCUUUGCCUAUGGCCUGCUGUUCCUGUAUCUGGACGGCGUCUUUGACGUCUUUGUGUUUAACAAUGGCCUCUCAUACAUCGGCGCCGACCUUACCUACCUGAACUUUGUUGUCGGCGUGGCCAUCAUGUUCUGCAUCGUGCCCCUCCAGACCUGGCUCUACAAGCGCGACCGUCUCAAGCACGGCACCAACCGCCCCGAGGCCCGCUUCCUCACCUCGCUCGUCGGCGUCUGGGGCUUCCCCAUCUCUCUGUUGUGGUUCGCUUUCACCGACGACGGUAGCGUCAGCUACUGGUCGCCCGUCAUCGCCGGCGGCCUGCUCGCCAUCUGUGAUCCUUUCCUGUGGCUGGCCAUGCUGAACUACCUUACCGACUCGUACCCCAACGUGGCCGCCUCCGCCGUCGCCGCAUUCCUGAUCCCCAGUUUCCUCAUCGCCGCCGGCUGCGCCCACGCUGGUAUCGCUAUGUUCGAGAACAUGAGCACAAAGUGGGCCAUGGCCACACUGGGCUUCGUCUCCUUUGGCCUGGUCGCCCUGGUGUAUAUCCUCUAUUUCUUUGGACCUCAGAUCAGGGCUAGGUCUAAGUUGGCUCGCAAGUUUUAGAUGACUGUCUGCGUGUUCUAUGUAGACGUUGGUAGUAGAUAAUUGGUUUUGCCUUUUGGAUCCUUUUGAGGUGAUCUCUUUACUUUUUGGACUUUUGGAGAUUUUAUAUCCAGUGGACAUAGAGGGUGGGGGCGAAGUGAUAUUUAUGAAUGCGAUAGAGAAGGAGGAGGCGAGAGAGCAAAAAUUAAAAAUAAGGAAGAAACAAAACAAUAUAUAUAUAUAUGUGUAUCUAC